GCCAUUUUUGUUGGGGAGCAGCAGUCGUGUCCAGAAAAGGAGGAUUAGACUCAGUACAGGUACAUCAAACGGUACCUUGUAUUUUUAUCUCUGUGAGUCGUCCGUGAAAAAGGACACUUGCGUCACUUUCACACAUACGCAAUGUCGACAGAAAACCUGGACUCGGACACUCAGGUGGACUACGAGGACGAAAAACAGGACUCGCAGGAGAAGAAUGCAAACCCGGUGAAGGCAGAGGAGGCCAAGCUGAAGGCCAAGUACCCCGGACUAGGCCAGAAGCCUGGAGGAUCAGACUUCCUGAUGAAGAGACUACAGAAGGGGCAAAAGUACUUUGACUCGGGCGACUACAACAUGGCCAAGGCCAAGAUGAAGAACAAGCAGCUUCCUGUGGCAGGGCCUGACAAGAACCAGGUGACCGGCGACCACAUUCCCACGCCGCAGGACCUACCCCCCAGGAAGUCGUCUUUGGUGGCCAGCAAGCUAGCCGGCUAGCCUCCUCCAGCCCGAGAAGCACCUUUAUCCCCCUGGGGCUCCUGGCAAACGUCCCCCCACUUCCUCCUCCUCCUCACCCAUGCCCCCCAAUAUUGUCCACCCCUCCCCUCUCUUCCGUUUUUAUCCCCAGGCACCACUGGCUUUAACAUGUCGGGCAGAGUUGUAUAAGUUUAAAAACUCCAUUUUGCUUGUAUGUGGGUGGGGCCGGGUGGGAGGGAGGAAGGUUCAGGCGAUCCCACAAGGUCGCAGCCUUUUCUGCCUUCCCACCACGCACAGCUCUGCCCCCUCUGCGCACUCUGCUCUACCGCCUCCCUUAUAUCUUGGUUUUUGGUGUUCCAAGAUGCAUCACAGUAGGUGUGUGUCAUCAGGCAGGGGUUGGAUGGGGUGAGUUAAUGCACUUUGUAGUCUGUAUAGUAUGCCUUUGUUCUUUUAUUGCAUCCUAAAUGACACCAAAAUAAUGUGUGCAAGGGAGUUAGGAACCAUAAUCGCCACGUGCUUUUUGGUUUAAAUGUCCAUGCUGGUGGCUGGCUUUGGUGGGAAGUUGUAUGUGAAUAAUUGCUUGCAUACCAAAUCUGUGAGCGGGCUGCUGCCUAGCUUAAGUUCUUUAGGAUUCACUGAAACCGUAUUGGGAAAUGUGGGAAGUGAAUGUAUGCCUCCUUUCAUCUUAUUCUUCUGUCACUUUACGUUGAGAUUGGCUGCAGCUCAGCCAAACAAGAAUUUGAAACCCCCCCAACUCUCUGCUCAUGUUGCUUUAAUCCUCCUCUAUCUAAAUAUGCUGCAUGAUUGUAACAAUUUUAAUUUUUUAACAGGAGUGGGACGUCGUCUUUGUGCUAGGAAGCAUUAAAACACAACACACAAGCUUGAAGACUUCCACAGUCCUACUUCCUUCCCUCCUUUCCUGUUUGCUGUCCUGACAAUCCAUGUGUACACACGCUCUACUUAAAAGGCGCAAGGCAAGAGCCAGAUGAGUAUGUCCGGAUAGUAUUUUUAAUGGCCAGGAACCCUGCCAAUAUCAGUCUUCAUUCGGUCAUCACUGAGUUGCAUCAAGACGAGUGUUUACUAUGAGCCUAAAAGAUAUGUGCAGGGAUUGAUCCCCCCCUGCAUAGAGUGUAUAUGCUUCUGUAAAUACAACCCCAGAGGCAUGUGAUUUGUAAUAAGCUUGGUGCUUUAAGGCCCAGACUAACUAACACGCCUAAGAGAGAUAGCAGUGUUAAAUGCACUCUCUUGGGAUUUUUUGGCUUGGAAGUUCACUUCAGCUAUUAGACUCCACGGGUAGAGUUGUCUUUUCAGUUUCAUGAGGAUGAAGCUAACUGGAACCCACGCUGCUCCGGCUCACAUGAUGCAUCUGUCUUUUGGAGAUAAAAAAAAUAAUGUGACCGCUGUUCAUAUAACUUACUUUCCUGUCAUCUUUCAAAAACAGAUCCAGACACAGCUAAAGAUUGCAUUUACUCACAAAUGGGCAUGUUAUUUGCCAGGAUCGCUUUAUUUGAUCCCAAAAGUCACCAUUGUGAACGCCGUUUAUGGAUAGCCCGGCAAUGCAGUGAAUGUUUUUACACAUUUUGGACUUCUCAGAGUUCCUCUUAUUUAAGCUAGCUAAAGAAAACACAAUUUUUUCUCAUCGUAUUUGUAGUUUCUUAACCCUUGCAGUACAUGUAUAAAAACUGGCAUAAGGGUUCUCUUAACAUCUUGCUGCCUUUAGGAACCCACUUUUCAAAACACUAAUUUUAUAAAAGAAUAUUUUACUGCCCAAAACCUUAGCUGGAGUGUAGAUCUACUGCUGCUCUACAUGUUUUCUUCUCAAACUUACUGGCUUCAUAGGCUGAUCUUUGAUCCCAUCGGUGUCAGAGGGUAAACAGCAAGAAACAUGAUAACUACAGGUGUCAGCCCAGAUCCCAAGUUCGUCAUCACAGGCUUAAAGUGGGACACUGCAUGCCUGCAGACUACGCUCACUGCAACCCUUGGCAAAACAGCGAGUGGUUUUAUAACACAUAGCUAGAGAAUUUAAGCCUCUAGUCCCACUUAUGAUGGGGGUUACCUAUGAAAGAGGUGAUCUUUGCUGUUAGGGCUGGGUGAUAUGGAGCAAUAAUUAUAUUAAGAUAUUUUUAGCUGAAUGGUGAAGCGUGAUAUCUUGAUAUUUUUUUUGCAGAUUAAUAACUAAGAUAAGGCCGGUUCAAAGCCAAAUCCAUGUAAGCCAAAUGUCAGAAAGAAGAAAACAGGUCUGCACACCAGGAAGCUCCCAUUCAGUUAUUGGUUAAGUAGAAGUGGCAGUUCAAGCAGAGGCCAUCAGGGAUGUUCCAGGUAAAUAAUUGCCUUUCUGAUUAAAUUCAAUUCCUCACUUUGAGGUAUUAUUCAAAUAGAAAAUAUCACGGUCAACAAGCAUGUUGCAGUUGACAAACUAUAUCAAAAACUUUCAAAUCGUCUUACACUGUAUCUCCCUUGAAAAUAUGUGCCGAUAUGUCUUAGAAAUUCACUAUAUUGCCCAGCCCUAAUUGCCAUCAACAAUUUGAAUCAAUGCAUUCAAGAAUCUGAACUUCCGCUGUCGUCCCUCUUUGAGAAUCAGCCUCCUUGUAUAAUAACGCUUCAGGGAACCUUCACACGCACACUCCUCCAUGCAGGCUAGGUGAUCAGGUGCAUGCACCAUCACAAUCUCAACCUCACAUGAGUCACUGAGACUUUAAAAUGUGUCAAAUUUGCAGUGAACGAGAGAAAGAACUGACCUGAACGUAUGUGCUUGUUCUGGUGUUGUAUGAAUGAAUGCAUUGCUUUUUCUCUGUUCUAGCCAAUGUAAAUAGAGUUCAACAGGAAGGGUCUUUUUUGUGUUUUUCUCCCACCUGCCAUUCACUCUUCCAUAACCCAUUGUGUUUUCUGAUUCUAUGGUUCCUCUCUCCUUUCAGUUUAACACUACUUCUGCUCUAUCUGAGUGAAUUGCAGAGGCUAUGUGAAUCUGUAUCAUAUGAAAAUAUGUGUAAAUGCUGCUGAUUCAGUCAAAGACAAAUCUAAGAGAUGAUACCCUGUAAAGAACACCUGUCCUCCUGUUUCCACCAGUUCAACCAUUUUCUCUCCAAGUAUUUUUGUUGUAGUCCUUCAGCUCCUGUGGCAAAGUCACUUUAAUCGGGACAAGGGUGAACCCCCAUGUAAAUUCUGCCACAAAGUUUUUUAUGGUGCAUUGUUGAAUGUAAUUUGGCAGAGCUUGAAAGAACAGUCUGGAACACUCAGUACGUUUACAUGCAGAUAAAAGUCUAACUAUUAUGUUAGUUUGAAUAAAAAUGGAAUUUUAAAUAAAGUCUAGCAUGUCUAGAUAAAGAGGUUGUAGACUGAUUUUCCUUGCACGUACGAGCUUCAAUCAGACGGUACUGGACUAAGGGGUCUGAGCAUGCUCCACAGCCUUAUGGCUUGGUUUUGACCCAGAAGUUGAACAGCAUUAAUGCACAAUGUUGCAGGAGUCAUGCAAUCAUCUUCAUUCAGACUUCACAGCUAACUCGAGGUAUGGCGUUCGUCUGUUUUGCAUCAAAUUUAAAGUGUAGAGUUUGCAUGAAAUGUUCGGGGCUAUAAAGUUGGCCCUUCUUUUUCCAACCAGUUGGCUGCUUGCUCACUUGUUGGCAAGAUCAACAAGAAAAAGGCCCAGAGUAACAAACAGAUAGGGGCAUAUUUAUGACCACCGUAGUAAAAUUGAAGGUGCUCCUAUCAAUGAGCCAAUUCUGUCUUGCCAAAAUUGUAGCUCAUCUUAGUUAUGCAUAUAAAUGUACUGACUGCUACUUAAAAGCAGUGGUUCUCAAGAGGUGGAUUGAGACCCAAAAGUGGGUAUUGGAGCUGUUCUCAGCUGGUAAUGAUUGUCUGCCUAGGGAAAGAAUGUGGCAUAAAGUCUAUUAUAUAUCAAUUGACCAGUCCAAGUUUAGUUGCAAAGUGCUUUUUAGAUAAAUUUAUUUCAGAUUUCUUUACAAGAGUGCUGAAAAAAUGACUAACAAAAAUUUUGGAUGCUGAAAUAUGACUUCAAGACCUGUGCACAUCAGUAUGAAUUCAAUUAAAUAAAAAGCUGGAUGGUUAAAGUACUAGCCCUGCAACUGACUGGGGACCAGUCCAGGGUGAAUCCUGCUACUUGUCCAAAUGACAGCUAGGAUUGGCUCCAGCCCCCACGGCCCCAAAUGGGAUGAACAGUGUAGAAACUAGAUGGGUGGAUGUUUAAAUUACUAAGAGAUGGAGAAUAAAAGGCCAGAAAUAAAUUAUGAAUUAAUCAACACUGAAAAAAACAUCAAAUAUAUAUAUAUAUAAUUAAAUUUUAAAUCUAAAGUAAGUGUUAAAAGUGGGUAAAAAGAAAGUUAUGAUGAUAAUAAAUACUUAAAACCCUAAUUUAAAAAAGAAAACUAAAACACAUUUUUUAGAUAACCAAAGCAGCCAUACAUCAUUUUCUGACAUUUCCCUAUGAUAAAAAGUGCAUUUAAUUGAUUUUUUUUUUUUUCAACUCAUCUCAUUUUCUUGGUUUAACACUACCCCUUUUCAUAUUAUGACAUGUUAAUCUCUGUUAAUCUGUUAAAGUUGCAUUCUACUAUGGGAAACAAAGUCAAAUCAAAAGUAUGCUUCCAAUUCAACACUUCUGUAAUGAUGAGCUUUUUCUGCCUGUUUUUUCCACAUUAUUUUCCCCGUCUUAGGUCCAAACUGCAGCAUUUUUCAUUAAAACAUUUGAGUUGGAAUAUCCUCAAAAAUGUGGGUCAUGGUGACAGAUCUUGAGGCUAAACCAGUUGAGAACCACUGCUUUAAAUGACAAGAAAUUGCCUUUUAGAAUCAUUUAGUGUUGAAAAUUUACAUUUCCCUGCUUCAAAAAAUACUGCAAAAAUUGGGUAAAUAAGCUGCAACUGAUAUAUUAAAUAACAGUGGACAGGAGUUCUUAAACGCUACUUGAUAUUUGGAUUUGCACGGAGCAGUUUAACGAGAGGAAUAAGCAGGGUAUGUCUCAAACCCGACUCACAGGGUGUCUCUCGUUCAGCUACGAUAAACACGUGCCAGAAUGUAUAAAGAAAUGACAGGCUGUGUGCUCUGAAGUACUUCUGUGCUGCUUUUACCUGAUCUGUUUUCUUGUUGGUUUUGAAAAUUAAUGUUUCUUUUUUUUGUUUGUUUCUUGUGUUCUGUUAUUGCAUUAUAAAUUACAUGUCAUCCUGGCCCGAGAUAACUGCAGGGAAAUCAGAGGCACCCUUGCUUCCAAGAAAAAAAAGGGUUUACAUGAUUAAGAGGAUGACUGGAAACACAGGAAUGAUUUUAAAACUCCAGAAAGUACAGGAGUACUUGGAAUGUUUCAGUUGUGUGGGAGUAGAUGAGAAGAUUUUUGUCAGUAUUUGAAAUAAACUUUUACAUUAAUAAGA